AUGCCGAACCAUUUCAUCCCACCCCGUUUCAAAUUCUUCGACUUUAUUGGAUUUGUACACGGAUGUGCAGAGACGGUGAACAGCCCUCGGGAAAACCUCAGAUAUCGUGCCCCGCAACGCGGUGCACUGGUCCGUGGUAAUUAUCGUCUGUGGCGCACGCCCAGACAUGCACGCGAUCCACGUCCUCAUUACCCAAACAUACGUCUCGACACUUCCAUCCACGAGCAGACCGCAACCAAACAGCACAGGCUGGCAGUGGUGGUUCAAUCCACUGAAGGACAAAACCAUAAUUUCGCCCAAAAAUUGCUCCGCGUCUACCAGCACCACGUCCCCAAAAUAUCCGUACGCAGCCCUCGACCGGGAAUCCAUCCAGAACACAUUCCGCAAAUACCCCUCGUCGCUAAAAUCCAUAACGUAGAAAAAAUUCGGGUCCGCCAGCUGUGCCCGUCGAAAAUAGCCGUGAAGAGCCUCUAA